UUUACACAAUCAAAGUGCAAAUUUUUCAAUUACAUUUCGGACGCUAAUUCGCCGUCGACCACCAGCAACAACUUGUCGGCCAUGGGCGUCACCAGGCGAGCUCUGGGACCCGAAGUCAAGUCGCUACAGUACUUUUUAAACCGCACGGCAGUAUUGAAGCAAUACCGCGAGUUCUUGCGCACCACGAAGCCUCUUGCCGCCGACGUGCGGCUGGACGUGCGACGUCAGAUUCGCGCGGGUUUCGACGCCUGCCGGUACGAGGAGGACGAACGUCGCGUGAGUAUGCUACUGCGCCAGGCACGCGAUCAGCUCAAGAUGGUCAGCGACUUGGUAGACACGGCACAGGCCCAGCAGCGCGGCGAACGCGACUGGAAGAAAGGAGAUUGGACCUCAGCCAAGACAGUAGACACGCAGGACACAUGGAUGGACGCGCCUCGAGAGGAUAAGGACGGAUCAGAAGACGUGAAGGGUCGUGUGGGCACUGGAUGGCCCUGGAAGAGCGGCAAAGGCACAGACAAACUUGACCUUGAGGGUAUUAAGCGGCGUUGA